AAAAAGAUUUUUUAUUUUACACAAACAGGAUUACUCCUGACUAAAGCUAAACUAUGAACUACAUCUUGCUGAUGCUAGACUUCGACUUCGACUGCCUAAACCUAACGAGCUAAUGUUCUAACGAGGUCGCUGGUUGCUGGUAGAGUUGUGCCUCAAGAACCAGAACUGUACGAUUCAUUCAAUUCAUCCUAAAGAACGAACGACCUACGUUCAUCUAAUCAACGUUCAUCGAUUCUUUAUAAAUUAUAAUGUGUUGAGUUGUUCAUGAAUAUAACCCGGGUAGGAACCCGUCGAAAUGAAGAACGUCCUAGUACGCCAGGUCGUUCAUUCCCCCCAUACAAAUAUGAACGUGAAUCGUAUGACCAGGACGUUCACGAAAAGAACGUCCUACCCGUCGAAAUAAAGAACGUCCUAGCAAGCCAGGUCGUUCAUUCCCCCCAUUCAAAAUGAACGUGAAUCGUAUGACCAGGACGUUCACGAAAAGAACGUCCUACCCGUCGAAAUAAAGAACGUCCUAGCAAGUCAGGUCGUUCAUUUUUUCCCAUACAAAUAUGAACGUGAAUCGUAUGACCAGGUCGUUCAUUCUCCUGAUACAAAAAUGCGCUGUCCCACAUGAUAGACAUGUGUCGAUGAAACAAAAUCAGCAUACUUUCUCACUCAGCCCAACAAAACAUCCGAUCUGGCAUUCUGCACUAGCUUUCUGCGGAGAGCACAGUACAAGAUAAGAGAGCGGAUAGAAUGUUUCGUUGAUCUACAUCGUUCACUCUCUUUCUGAUCCUCGGAGACGAUGCCGCUUCUGCAAUAUGCGCUCUCUUUUUCUUCCCGCUGCAAUACUUUCAGCUGAUAGUUACCGAGAGAACGAUCACAGAGAUAGAGAGUCAAAAAAAUGAUGAUGACGGGGGGUGGUAUGUGGGAUGAGUUUUUUUACCUACUUGUGAGCGAGGUACAGUCGAAGUUCAAUAAUUGAACGAAAUUUUGGUUUGUAUAUUUUUCGAUGGAUAUUUGAUAGUAGGUUGAUAGAUCAACUAAAAAGCAUGCCUUUAUAUUAGUGAAUCUAAUUUCAUAGAAAAUUGCAAAACUGUCGCCUAUAAUGAAAAAAAAAACUUCAUUUAUUUUGUGCAGGAAAGAACGUGAAAAUUUAUCACCAAACGUGACACUAACCAAACAGUGAGCUGCCAAUCGAAGUUCAAUUAGUGAGUUUGAACUGUACUAGUCGUUUUGUUUGAGAGAGAAAUGACCUUCUCGUGCUUUGAGGAAGAGAGGAAAAUUACACUAAUACGUUUAUGGUCACUAAAUCCAUAUGAUAAAUACAUAGAUCACGUGUGUUCGGUUCGUUGUUGUAUAGGUGAUUUUGACCGUUAUUUUUGAAUACGUUCGAUUUCUUCAAUGUGUUGUAGGCUUAUGGUAAUAAACAUUGCUGAAACCGUGAUUGUAUUGAUAAAUUGAUCUUUGAUAUGCCAUUUGUUGUGAUAUUUUGACUUGUAAACCACAAAUUGAUCUACGCUCCAUCGAAAUAAGUGAAAAUUUAAUAAUUGCACGGCGAUCAAAGGUAACAUUAGUCUUGGUAGUUAAAAACAAAAACAUAAAGUGUUGUAUGAAACAUUUCCACAGAUAUGAUGGCUCCAACAAACGCAACAACAAGCCCUGUCUGGGAUCAUUUUAGUCCGGUAGAAACUGGCGCAAAGUGCCUUUAUUGUUUAAAGGUGUUUAAGUAUACUAAAGGAACUACUUCGAACUUGAAGCGGCAUUUGAAUUUAGUGCAUAAAACUGUGCCGUAUUUAAAGCAAAAGCAACCAAUUCCUCAAACUAUUAACAUAGACGAUGAAGCGGGACCUUCUGCUGUAAACUUUCAGCCAUCAAAUCAAUAUUUCAAUUCAAAUAUGAGCAUACAGGGUUACCUGAAGAAACCCAUUAAUAGCGAGACUAAAAAGGUUUUAGAUAGAAUGUUGCUAGAUCUAAUUUGCAAAGAAUGUUUGCCAUUUAAUUUAGUAGAAAGUGAAAUUUUCAAAAAAUUCGUUUAUACAUUAAAUCCGAACUAUAUUAUGCCUACACGAAAAAGUUUAUCAAACGCCCUACUACCAAGCGUAUAUAAUCAAGAAUUUGAAAAGGCUAAAGAGAAAUUAUCGACCGCCAAAGCUAUAGCUAUUACGUCGGAUGGAUGGACAAACCUGAACCAAAUAAGUUUUUUUGCCUUAACAGGUCAUUAUAUCGACGAAAAUUGCAAACUUAGUUCUAUUUUGAUAGAAUGCUCGGAAUUUGAAAAUCCUCAUAGUGGUAGGAAUAUAGCUAAUUGGAUUCAAGGUACCUUGAACAAAUUUGACAUAGAGGAUAAGAUUGUUGCAAUGGUUACUGACAAUGCUUCCAAUAUGAAAGCGGCAUCAACUGAGUUGAAUUUUUGUCACAUACCAUGUUUUGCACAUACGUUAAAUUUGAUUGUUCGAGAUGCUAUAAAAAAAAGUGUGCUACCAGUUGUAGAAGAGGUAAAAAGAGUAGUAAUGUUAUUUAAGAAAAGUCCAAAAGCCUCACAAAUGCUAGCUGAUACACAAAAAAAGCUCAAUUUAGAUCAAUUGAAAAUGAUACAAGAAGUGUCAACGCGAUGGAAUUCGGGGUAUGAUAUGCUUAAUCGAUUUUAUAAGAACAAAAUUGCAUUACUCUCCUGUGCAGAUAGUUUGAAAAUGAAAAUAUCUUUAGAAUCUCAUGAUUGGGAAGCAAUUGAACAAAUUGUGAGGGUUCUAAAAUAUUUCUAUUCUGCUACAAAUAUUGUAUCCGCCCAAAAAUACAUAACCAUUUCACAUGUGGGAUUACUAUGCAAUGUGCUGUUAACCAAAACAUCACAGUUUAGAAAUGAUGAGGAUAUAGCAGAAAACAUUCAAAAUUUAGUAGCUUUGCUCAUUGAAGGUCUACAAAACAAGCUAAAAAUUUAUCGUUCCAAUGAGCAGAUACUUAAAUCUAUGAUAUUAGAUCCUAGGAUUAAACAACUUGGCUUUCAAGACGAUGUGGAAAAAUUCAAAAACAUAUGUGAAUCAAUUAUAUCUGAGCUGCUUCCGUUGCAAAAGCCCGCAGUAGAAGUCGAAAAAGUAGUAAAAAAAGUUAGCAAGGAUGUGGACAUGCUUUUCGGCGAUUUAUUUAAAAACAAGGGAGCUCAAAACUACAAAACACCUAGACAAAUAGCUGAGAAUGAACUACAUCAAUAUUUAAGCGUUGAAAAUAUUGAUUUAGAAAAUGAUCCGCUUCUUUGGUGGAAAGAACAUCAAGUUCUUUAUCCAUCAUUGUAUACUCUUGCCAUGAGCACUUUAUGCAUUCCCGGAACGUCCGUUCCAUGUGAAAGGCUUUUUUCUAAAGCGGGACAGAUAUACUCUGAAAAAAGAUCUCGACUAGCGCCAAAAAAAUUGCAGGAAAUAUUGUUUAUUCAACAAAAUGCAUAAUCAAAACGUCGUUGCAAAAUUUGUAACAUGGAGUAUAUGAAAUUGUUUUGUAAUGCACUUUUUGUAAUUAAGUAAGACUUGAAUUAUCUACAUGUAAG